GAGUGUGGCCAUCCGACUCCAUUUGUAGCAAAGCCCAACUCCAUCACCCUCUUGAACAGCCAGAAGAAACACCACCGAAGGGCUGAUCGCAACCGCAAACUGCAAACAUGAACGGCACAGAGGGACCAUUCUUCUACGUCCCUAUGGUGAACACCACUGGCAUUGUCCGGAGUCCUUAUGAAUAUCCUCAGUACUACCUUGUUAGCCCAGCGGCCUAUGCAGCUCUGGGUGCCUACAUGUUCCUGCUGAUCCUCCUCGGCUUCCCAAUCAACUUCCUCACUCUGUAUGUCACCAUUGAACACAAGAAGCUGCGAACCCCUCUAAACUACAUCCUGCUGAACCUUGCGGUGGCUAACCUCUUCAUGGUGUUUGGGGGCUUCACCACAACGAUGUAUACCUCCAUGCAUGGCUACUUUGUCCUAGGACGCCUUGGCUGCAAUCUGGAAGGAUUCUUUGCUACCCUUGGUGGUGAAAUUGGGCUCUGGUCACUGGUUGUUCUGGCUAUUGAAAGGUGGAUGGUUGUCUGCAAGCCCAUUAGCAACUUCCGAUUUGGAGAGAACCAUGCAAUCAUGGGUUUGGCCUUCACCUGGAUAAUGGCCCUUUCCUGUGCUGGGCCCCCUCUUAUUGGCUGGUCUCGUUACAUCCCCGAGGGCAUGCAGUGCUCAUGUGGAGUUGACUACUACACACGUGCAGAAGGGUUCAACAAUGAGUCCUUUGUCAUCUACAUGUUCAUCUGCCACUUCUUGAUUCCUUUGAUUGUGGUGUUCUUCUGCUAUGGACGUCUGCUGUGCGCUGUCAAAGAGGCUGCAGCUGCUCAGCAGGAGUCUGAGACCACCCAGAGAGCUGAGAGGGAGGUCACACGCAUGGUUGUUAUCAUGGUCGUUGCCUUCCUGGUAUGUUGGUUACCCUAUGCAGGUGUGGCUUGGUGGAUCUUCACACAUCAGGGUUCAGAGUUCGGACCAGUCUUCAUGACCUUACCAGCUUUCUUUGCCAAGAGUUCUUCUAUCUACAACCCAAUGAUCUAUAUCUGCAUGAACAAGCAGUUCCGCCACUGCAUGAUCACCACCUUGUGCUGCGGGAAGAAUCCCUUUGAGGAAGAGGAGGGAGCAUCCACUACUACUUCCAAGACCGAGGCCUCUUCUGUCUCCUCCAGCUCCGUGUCUCCUGCAUAAUAAAGCCUUCAGCAGAGGCUCCACGAUCCACUCCACAAGAAGAAGACUUCGGCUCCCCCGGGAAACGACUGAAGGCUAACGUCUACAGAGAUAACUACCUUUUUUGUAUUUUUACAAACCAGCUGGUUCAACCUAAAGACAGUUGCAGGAAAGGUCAGCCCAUUACAGUGUUGUCCUGUAUGUACAGAAUAUC